AUUAUUUUAUAUGUUCCAAAAUUUUCAACCACCCGAAUGUCCUUCAUCAACCAACCUAUCACAUUCUAGUCAAAGCCAUAGUUGCAAAUUAUCUCUUUCAUCUCCCUCUUCAAUUCUUCUACAAGAGUUUCCGUUUUGGAGUUCGAUACUAUCUGUAAAUAGCCCAACACUUAUUGGGGCUUUCAAAUUUUGUUCUUUUCAUUAAUGGGGUCGGUUUGUUCAGCUGGUAAGGCUGAGAAAAACAAAAACAAAGAGGUUGGAGGGAAAGGAUUGGGAAAGCUUAAGAAGUUAAAGAGUGUUACAAAGGAGAAAGGAGAUUGUUAUUCAAAUCCAAGGAGUAGUGAUCGUGGUAGAAAGAAAAAUCGAAGUGAAUUCAGAAUAUCUAAUCCUACUGGAAAAGAAGGGAAACAGGGAUCCCAGAGAGGUUCCAUUUGGGGAAGAGCUGGUGAGAGGGCAGUGGAAGUUCUGGACACACUUGGAAGUAGUGUGCCAAAGUUAAGCAACAGUAAUGGGUUUGGUUCUGCCGUGGCUCCAAGAGGGAAUAGAAUAUCUAUAUUGGCAUUUGAAGUGGCUAACACAAUAAAUAAAGGAGCAAUCUUGUUUCAAUCACUGUCUGAAGAAAACAUUCAGUUCCUUAAAAAAGAGAUUUUGCAGUCAGAAGGGUUGCAACAAUUAGUUUCAACUGAUACAAAGGAGUUAAUAGGCCUAGUUGAAGCUGACAAAAGGGAAGAAUUCAAUGCUUUCUCCCGGGAAGUGGCUAGAUUUGGAAACAUGUGUAAGGAUCCUCAGUGGCAUAACCUAGAACGAUAUUUCUCAAGAUUACAUAUGGACAUAUUAGACAACAUGCAGCCAAGGGUGGAGGCAGAAAACACAAUGCAGGAGUUGAUAACUCUAUCUCACAGUACUGCUGAAUUAUAUCACGAGCUAACUUCAUUAGAACGUUUUGAACAAGAUUAUCAGAACAAGAUUAAGGAAAUGGAAUCUUUAAAUCUUCCUCUCAACGGGGACAGUCUCACAGCUUUUCAGAUUGAAAUAAAGCAUCAGAGAAAGUUUGUGAGGAGCUUGAAAAGGAAAUCUCUUUGGUCAAGAAGAUUGGAAGAGAUUGUUGAAAAGCUUGUUGACAUAGUUACCCACAUGGAUCAAGCAAUUUUCGAGUUCCUUGGAAACCAUGGAACAACUUCUGUAAACUCUUGCAAGGGUUCUGAAAGACUUGGUGAAGCUGGUCUGUCUCUGCACUAUGCUAACAUUAUCAAUCAGAUAAACAUGAUUGCAUCUCGUCCAACUGUUCUUCCUCCAAAUAUGAGAGACACAUUGUAUCAUGGAUUGCCUAAUAAUAUUAAGAACGCACUUCCUUCUCGGUUGCAAAAUUCUGAUGCCAUGAAACAGCUCUCCAUCAAUGAGGUCAAAGCUGAAAUGGACAAGACGCUGCAGUGGCUUACUCCAUUUGCCACAAACACGACCAAGGCACAUCAAGGUUUUGGAUGGGUUGGCGAAUGGGCGAAUACAAGCACUGAGUUUUGUGAAAACACAAUCAAAGAAAAUAAACUGAUUCGGCUGCAGACACUUUACUAUGCUGAGAAGCAGAAGAUAGAUUUUUACAUCAUUGAACUGUUGACUAGACUUCACUACUUGGUUACCUUUGUAAGAUACAGACAUAGCAAUCCCAUGAGACCAAUAAUGUCCACAACAACUUCUCCGAAGCGACUAGAAUUUCAAGCAAAGAUGUUACAGUUUAUAAGCUUAGACAGUAUUAGCAAGUCAUUGGGAACUCAACUUUCCCAAGAGGACAAAAGAUUGUUAGAGGAAGUAACUAUGAGGAGAAGGAACCCAGGAGUUAGCAAAAGUGAGGAUCUUGCAGUGACCAAGAAAAGAAGAGCCAAACUUUGUCAUCAUAGUAAUAGUGUAGGGAGUUCACCUGUUACAACAAAAGCUUUGGAGAACCAAAGAUCUAAUCUUUUGGAUAUUAUAGAUGGACUAUAAGAUUUUUUUUCGAUUUGGUUUGUUUUGUUGCGCAAGAUGGAGAUGUUUAUGAAAGAUUAUGGGAAAAACAUAUAUGUGACAUUGUGUUCAGUUUCUUGAUGCAAGCUUAUUCUUUGAAAAAAGUAACAUUUUCUUUGUAUG